CGCGUGGUAUAUAAACCCCAAGUGCUGCCUCAUUCAGUCUCUUGCAAAAUUCCUCGUAGGAGAAAUGAGGCAUCGCCUAUGAAUUCUUUUCUCGUUUCAUGGUUGUCUUAAGAGACAUAUGUCACUUAUACCCGCCAAGUACUGCUAUCCUGACAAUCUCGUCCCUCACAUUCAACGAACCGCUCCACAACGACUGCCCAACCGAUCACUAGAAAGGCACAUCAUGGCUAAGCCCAGCGUCUUGUUCGUCUGCGUCCACAACGCUGGUCGCUCCCAAAUGGCCGCCGGUUACCUCAUUCAUCUCGCUGGCGACACCAUUAAAGUCCGCUCUGCCGGGCCGGCCACCAGCCGACUCCAUCAAUCCCAUCGUCAUUGAAGCUAUGCGCGAAGAAGGCAUUGACCUCAGCAACCAAAAACCCAAGAUUCUCACUACCGACGCGGUUCAAGCCAGCGAUGUUCUCAUCACUAUGGGUUGUGGCGACGCCUGUCCCUUCUUCGCCGGCAAGCGCUACCUCGACUGGCAACUUGACGACCCCGCCGGGCAAGGCUUAGAUGCUGUACGGACUAUCCGUCACGAAAUUCGUUACCGCAUCGAGAGACUCAUCACCGAACUCCAGUCUUCUGUCUGAAAACAUUCGAGGAGGCUGCCCAAAUGUAGCCGUGAACCACUACUCAAUAGAUUGUUAUGGGUGCUUUGGCGAAGAGCCGUGGGGUGGGG